AUUUGAAAUAAAAGUAAGAUCAAUUAGUAAAUUGCUUUUCUUUAUAUUAGGUGACACAAAAAGCAAGGAAGAUGUACCAAACACAGCAUCAGGUAAGUAUAAACAGGAUUACACCGUGGAAGGACAGCAGAUUCUUAUAUUAUAUGGCACUGAAUACGGAUGUAGCGAAGAAAUUGCCAAGCUGUUGUAUGAUAGGAUAAAAGAUAUGAACUCAGAAAACAGUGAGUUUUGCUUGCAACCAAGAGUGAUAAAUGCACGAGAUUACAGGAUCAUAGAUUUCACCAAGGAACAGUUAUGUUUUGUUGUGAUUUCAACCAGUGGGGAUGGUGUCCCACCAACAGAUGCUAGACCGUUUUAUGAAUUUCUUCUUUGCUCUGAGACACGUAUUGAUCAUCUGAAAUUCUCUGUUCUCGCACUUGGUGACUCCAACUAUCCACAGUUUUGUAAGACAGGAAGAACAGUUCGUGAAAGGAUGGGAAACCUUGGAGCUGCCUGUGUAAUUGGCCGACAAGAUGUAGAUAUGGAGGACUGGGCCGUUAUAAACAAGUGGAUAGACAGUGCCACCAAAUACAUACCCUCAGCUCACCUCAGCACGUCACUAGACUAUAUACAACAUGAUGAUAUCACUGAAGAAAAGUAUUCCAGAAAUAGACCGUUUAUGGCUAUAUUAAAAACUAAACAUUUACUUACUGUCUGUGGUCAUGAAAAUGAUAAAGAAACUAUACACUGUGAAUUCGACAUCACAGGAAGUGAUCUCACGUGGACUUCAGGUGAUGCAUUAGGAAUAUAUCCACAGAAUAACCCUCCAGAAAUAGACUACCUCAUAAAAGCUAUGCAUUGCUCAGGCAAAGAACAAGUUAGCAAGCCGUCUUGGGCUUAUCAAGAUAGUAAUGAUGAACAUGAAUCUAAAUGUACCCUGUCUUCUGUUCUUUUGAAGUAUUACGAUCUUAAAUCUGUAAAGCUUGAUUUGCUGGAAGCUUUAAAACAAAACGUCUCCAACGGGGAGGAAAAAUCAUUGAUAGAAAGCUUAUUCGAAAAAGAUGUACUUCAAUCAAAUAACCUUCCACAGAAUUACUUAAAGGAAAGAGAAGUUGCAGAUAUAUUAAUGGACUUUAAAUCGCACACACUUUCAGUUAAUAAAGUAUUAAGUUGCAUGAAAUCUCUUCAGCCAAGAUAUUACUCUAUUUCUUCAUCACCUAAAAAGGAUGGAAACAAGGUUUGUGUAACGGCCGCCGUUGUUAGAUACGAGACGUUAGGACGGUCAAGGACGGGAGUUACUACAACUUUUAUACAUGACAGAUUAGAUAUAGACAACAUUUGCCCGGUUUUUAUGAGCCGAAAUCCAGAUUUCAGGCUACCUGAUAACAGCCAGGUGCCUGUUAUUUUGAUUGGCCCAGGAACUGGAAUAGCACCGUUUAUUGCAUUCAUUCAGGAAAGGGAAAUGGAAGCAUCCUGUGGACUGACUUGGUUGUAUUUUGGGUGUAGACAUAAAGACAGAGAUUAUUUAUACAAGUCUCAGUUAGAAAAAUGGGCUGCAGACGAUGUUGUACGCUUAUCUGUUGCAUUUUCACGAGACCAAGACAAGAAGGUUUAUGUACAAGAUCAUAUCCAAAGGGAUUCUCAGGCAAUUUGGCAGCUCAUUCACAAGGAGAAUGCCAGUAUUUUCAUAUGCGGAGAUGCUAAACAUAUGGCGCAUGAUGUCCAUGUGACACUUAUAAAUACUGUGGCAGAAGAAGGUGGUAUGGAUAAAAAUGAAGCGGCAAUUUAUCUGCAAAGAAUGGAAGAAAAUAGUCGAUACCAAAAGGAUGUUUGGGUGGUUUAAAAAAUUGCCGGUGUAGUUUUCAAAGACGUCAAAGCAAAAUAAAUGUGGCCAAAAUUUAUAUAAAAAGUGAAAAACUAUUUUUUUUAUUUUCUAACAUGGGACAAGACUAUAUGCAUUUGUAAUAACACUGAAGUUUGGUUUAAGCUAGUGUUCAUCAUAAUAUUUUAACCUUAAUGAAAGUACAGUCAGAAGAGCAUUGAUUUUGUUAAUUAAGCGUACUCACAAUUUUAUUAUUGAUUCUCAAUGUUUUAGAGAAAAUACAUUUUUUAAGAUUUAUCUCUAUCAUUAUUAUUUUAAUUCCUUCUUUGUUUUAUUUUAAUUAUUUAAUUUGUUUUAAUUGACAGAAAAGAAAAAACCCGGUACCGAUGGUUUAGCAUUGUUUCAUCUGAUAACUGCUACUCUAAAGCUCUUGAGUGUUCUGUUUCCUAUAUAAAUCAGAUCUGUACUCAAUAUAAGUCAUUCCAAUGAAUAUUGUCAGUGAAUAGUGUAUUUACUAAUUUUAAUUCAAAUAAAGAACCGGUUUUCCUAGCAGUCGCCAUGUUUGUGCACACUGUAGAGAUGUUGUUACGGGACAUCCAGAUUCUGACCGCAGCUUCUUUUUGUGAUUUUAUUAGAUUUUGCAUCAUUUAACAACAUGUGUAUUUCAUAAGCUUUAGGAAUGUAACUUUUAGGUGAUUGUAAUGCAGUUCAUUGUUUAACAUGCGGAUGUAAUGAUUGAUUUUGUGUUUGUGUUUUUGUUGUGGUCACCUGCACAAUGCGACCUGUGGCGAAAGCGUUUUCACCCCAUGUUGAAUUCAUCGGGUGAAUACACGUUCUGUGUGAAAUGCCCUUAGCCAGAAAAGUCUCAGUUUGAAAACUAACAAGAAUUCUGGUCGUUCGCUUUUUCAUUUUGGUUUAUCAAAUCACAUCUAAAAUAUGUAGGCUUCAAAGAUAAUGAGAACAAAAGUUUAUAAACAACGACCAUUAACCAAUCCUAUUUUGAACAGGAAUUAUAUAUUUUCAUGUAGAUUUUUGUGUAGCGGAUACGGUAUAGAAGAUAUUUUUAACGUGAAUUCUAUAUUGUUGCCGUUUUUAUAUUGGUGUCAUAAAUUAGCACAAUUAUUUUUGAUAGCGAGUAAUUUCUUAGUUGUGACACGCUUACAUGACAGUGAUAUUAAAUUUAUUAACUUCGCUAAA